AUGGGGUGGAAGCUCGAGCCUGAGUUCGCCAGCGAUCUUGGCGCUCUUCGCGGCCUCUGGCGCUCCUGUGCGGUGUCUCCGACUUGGCUUGACACUGCGCCGCUCACGCAAGCCAGGUUUGAUUGGAAGGCCAUGAUCCCUGAGGCCGCGCCCGUUUUGGCCAAGUACGGCUGGAGCAUGGAUGAGCGUGGCCUCCAACUUUGUCGUCGUGAUCGCGCUGACGCUGUACGUGUGCUUCGGCCAGGCGUGGACAGCUUCUUCUGUGUGUUUUCGUGGCUGCGCCAACACUUCAGACAAGUCCGCACCCUGCGCACGGGCCGUGUGAAGCACAAGCUCCACCGCCGCGAGGAGGGCUUGGCGACUGGUUUGGACCUUCCGCCGCCCGAUGGUGGCGAGGACUUUCACUUCGGAGGCCACCACAGGGCUCUGAGGGCCCAACUGCGAGGCAUCGACUUGUCGUUGAUCGGUGCUGGAGGGAGCUGCUGGUACUUCAAUGGCCACCGCCGCUUUCCGGAAGGUCACGAGCGCUGGAGCUGCAUGUGCAACUUGAAGUACCCCUCGAGACCUCACUUGCUGUGGGGGUGUGAGUGCACGGAGGCCUGUCGUGCUGGGCUCCGACUUCCUGUUCACCGUGCGGAAGAAAGGUUGCUGGCGACGACGACGCCCGAGUACCCUCAGGCCCCGCUCGGCGUCGACCACGAGGAGCUCUUCUCGGACCUCGUCGACGCCAUGGUGGUCCAGAUGCGUGAGCGCAUGGUGCUCUACGUCGGCAGCGACGGGUCCGAGGCCGACGAGGUGGGUGCCUUCGCUGUUGGUCUUCACCCAGGAGACUACGUGUGUUCGGGAGGCCAUGGUCAUGAAGAUCAAUGUGCUUUUAAGCAAGAAAUGCUGGCUUUCGACUUGGGGGCUCGUGCUACUGCUGCUGCAGCUGAGUGCUCUGAGUGGAGUGGGCGGGCCAUCUUCGUGCUGGACUGUCAGUCUGCGCUCACGGCGGUGCUGGGCAACGGUGACAAGUCGGUGUACCCGGUGAUCGUCAACAGUGUGCGUGGUGCUCUUGCUGCUCUUCGACGUCUCGGAGUUCAGCUCAGCUUCGUGUGGGUGCCGUCGCACGGAAAGCGGCCCCUUUGGGAGGCACCCCUUGGCAUGUGCACUGAGACCUUGAGGAUGCUCAAUGCCAGGGUGGAUCGUGAGGCUGCUGCGUGCCGACAGCGGCGUGGCCAAGGCUCUCUUCGCGAAGCCUGGUGUCGUCGCCGUGAAGCUGCCGACCAGUGGGAGUACUCUGCAAUCUGUGCAGGUUCUGCUGCAGCUGCUCUUCUCAAGCAAAAGGUGGAGAGGGACGCUCGCCCUCCAACUACAACUCCUUCCUGA